AUGGACAUCAAGCCAGAGACAGAUGCCAAAAUGGAGGCCAUGGCUCCUGUUGAAACUGAGACUGGUGCUCUGCGGCCACCUCCUGUCGCUGUGUCCUCGGUGGGCGUCAGCCCCGAGAACUUUGCCAGGGUUUGUCAGGAACACGUUGACAAAUUGCUUGCCGAGUUUGGAGGGCCCACGCAAUACCUGCAAGCAAGGUAUGCCGGCCCGGAAGAAGUGAAGGGCUUUGCAGAUCAACUUGAUUUGGAGUUUCCACCGGACCCGGCUAUUGCAUAUCAUGCGGGCCCGCUUCCAACUGAUCCAGACCGGCUGGUACCCUUGCGACUGAAAGAUCUGGGUUUUGGGAGCCGCUGCUCGAGCAAACCUUUGCCGUUCAGGUUGACGGCCAAGCAGCUCAUCGACGAGUACUUGACCAAUAACUUUAUCAGUCGCAGUGACCCCAUCCUGCUGGUGGAGCGCCCUGAUGCCUUUGACUACUUUUGGACGAACUAUGUCAAGGGCGCAGCCCGUUCUGCGACCUUGCUGAUGUUGGCUUCUGUGGUGAUGGAGCAGAGCUGGGAUUUGUCCAUCCUGAAUCCUGCUCUUCAAGCGUCCAUGGUGACAAUUUUUGCCAGGCAGGAGCUGAUGAUUGCUGAUUCGGAAGCGGUUGCGUUUGCCAACCCCCGCUUGAGUGCACGUGGCUCCAUCCGCCGUGCUCAUUGCACUUUGACCUGGCUAGGUGUCUUCCAGGCGCUGCAAAAGAGUGGGCUCUCGGCUCCAGAGGUUUUGAAGAGGUGGAACCAACAAGCCACUUCAGCAUCUCAGGUGACUGGGAUGAGAAGGGUGGCUCUGCUCAACUUGCUUGGCAUGAGCGCAGAAAUCGUUGACGCCCUGCUUGCCCAUUUGAGCGCUCAUGCUGGGUCCACUGCCUUCCAGGAGGAUGCCUUUGCUAACAAAAGGCUUGUCAUUGGAGCUGCCCCGAGAACCAGCUCAAAGGAGUGGAACCAACGCUUGUGUGUCACCUCGGAAGGCAUGCUUAUGAUGAUCCGGUUCAUCAGCCACGCCCAUGAGCGGAAGUUGCCUGGCGCACGCUGCAAAUACGACAAGCCUUCCUUGGAAGAGGCCCUGAACAUGUCACAGCUCUUGGUGAGCGCCUUGACAGAAGCCGCCCAGCAGUCUUCCAAGUGGACAUGUUCAGACUUGCCCACCAUUAAGAAGCUGAUUUCAGAGCAUGUGUCGGAGUCCCACGCGCACUUGCAAAAGCUUGGCAAGAACACGGCGGUGGAAGCUGCAGCCCUGGAAAGACAAGAGUUUGACUUGGUGAUGCAAACUUUGGACCAUGAUCUUGAUGUGUGGAAGGCGCACUUGACCCGAAGCAAGGAUAGACAAGCCGCCGUGCAUUUUCAACUCAUGCAGCACCGGCAGAAGCGUCUUUCGGCCUCCAAGGAGCUGGCUGACGAGCAAAUCGACCAAGUGACCGCCCUUAUGCCUUUGGACACCGCUCAGGAGACCUUCAAGCUUGUGGAAACCAAGGUGAAGCAGAUCUGCCAAGUUCAACAACUCAGCGAUCCCAAUCAGAUCCAAACACUGGUGGUGCUGAAUUGGGCGGCUCCAUGCUUGUUCACGGCUGAGCAUCAGAGGCUGCACUCUCAAUUGGCUGGAGCCUUUGUCAACCACCCGGGACGCGAAGCUUUGGGAGCUUUGAUUUCCCCUGUCUAUUGCCGGACACGGGGGACAGCCCACAAGCAGGAGAAGAUCUGCCAUGAUGCGCUGUCUCAAAGCAAUUGCAAUCUGGAUGAUCAAUUUGUCCU